AUGGACACUCAAUGUGGUUGGAUAAUAGUUGUAUUUAGCGAAGAUAAUAGUGUAGAAGUUGUACCAUAUUCUUGGUUGAAAAAAGGUACUUGUGCUAAAAAAAUUAUAGAAAAAAGCAUAAAACCAAAUAAAAUUGACUUUAAUUUCUAUAAUGCGAGACAACUUGGGAGUAAAACAUACAGUGUGUUAUCUGAAGCUCGAUUAAAGUUACCAAAAGCUGUUCUCAAAUCAGAUUUAUCCAGCGCUGAAGAUAAUUAUUUUGAUAAGAGACAGAAAACAUUAAAACGCUAUAAUGAUAGUAUUUCACCGACUACCAACAAAUUAAAAAAAAACAAUCACAAUCAUUUCAAAACAAAUACUAGUAACAUGUGUCCGCCUCACUAUGUAUCUAAAGGAUCAGAUUCAAGUGAUGACUCUGAUGAUAAUACAACUUGGGAAGUUACUAAAAAAUCUCAUAUUGAAAAUGAUAAAGAUGUAAUUGAUAAUUAUACUCAAAAUUCAAUCACCGAAAUUACACCAACUGACAUUGGCAAAGUUAAUCAAUCAAUAAUAUCUGCAACCACAUUAUUAGAAGAUAUUGAGCCCAAAGUCGUCAAUACUUCAUCAAUAAACAACAUCUCAAGUACAAAUAUUGCUGUCAAAAGAAAACUGUUUUAUGAGGACAAUUAUUCUAGACAAAUUACAGGUCACGAUAGUGAAGAAAAAUCAACAAAUGGAGAUAUCUUAACUGCUAUAAAAGAUUUUAAAAGUGUGAUUUUAACUUCUCAUGCAUAUAUGAAACACGAGUUACAAGCUAUGAUGUAUUUGUGUCAAACCACUAAUGAGAAUGUUGAAAAACUGAUAAAAGAAAAAUCAUCUUUUAUUCCAGUACAAAAUGAUGAUGUAAACAUGGAAAUGUUUCCAAUCACAGAUGGACACGGAUUAAAAAUAUUAGAAGAACAAAUAAAAGACAAUGGUUUUAGAACCUCUAUGAUUCGCAAGAUUUCAUUAUUAAUCGGUAACAAAGAUCUAGGUAAUAGUGUAAGAAGAAUAAUGAGCCGUAUGUUUGAUGAUAAAUUCCUUACAAAUUAUUCAUUGUUUGGCUUCAAGAAAAAAAAAUCAUUUUCAUGUUUGUCAUGCUGUCGUUUGAUUAUAGAUGCAUUAAGAACACAUCUGAAGUACAAAUAUGCAACAGAAAAAGAAAUUGAAAUACCUUUAGGGACUUGGCUUUCCCAUGCUCCGUUCAGAUUGAAAAAAGUUGAAGCAUGAUAUCUUUUAUAUUUGAAAAAAAAAACAGUUUUUAAUGUCUUAUUUCCAUUAUAUCAUUAUCAUGUAUUGUUUAUAAUAAAUGGC